GAUCCACGAAAUUGGACACAGGCUCACGUAAAGCAAUGGUUAUUGUGGUCGAUUGAUGAAUUUAAUUUUAACGAUUUAUCAACUAAUAAUUUCGAAAUGAACGGCAAACAAUUAUGUCAAUUAAGAAGAUGUGAUUUAAUGGCUCUAUCGCUACCCACGCCAUUUGCGGGAGAUAUCUUGUACAAGCAUUUGCAACUAUUG